AAAAAAAAAAAUUUCUUUAUUUCUGAACUCAUUACGUUUUUAACUUACACGAAUCGAACUUUUAAUAUUUGAGAAGUUUUACAUAUCUUAAUUGUGUAACUGUUAUUAAAAAAGUAAGCUUACUAAUAUCUUGCAAAAUAAACUCCGAGAGUAAAUAAAGACGAUAUUAUAAAGUUGUGAAUAAAAACACCAAUAACAUCGAUGCAAACCGCUAAUAGUCUUUUCAGAAAUCCAUUUAAAUUGAAUUGGCCGUUUAAGCCACGUAACGAAUGGCCUAUAAGGGAAAGACGCAAGUCCUCGCUGAAACCUGUAAUAACCAUUCAUAGCAUUCCAGUUCGCGUAUUGAAACAAAUAUUAUGUUAUGUGAUUACAGAUACCCCCAUUUCAUCACUUAGACAAGUAUGUCGCGGUUGGAACACCACAAUAAGUAACAUAAUAAUUGAUGAAAUAACAAAGUGUUCUCCUGAAUUAACACUUUUUAUGAGAUGUCAAACUAAUUCAGGCGAAAUAGUUAAUAUGGAACUUCCAUUAGAACGAGGUGGCUUAUCCAAUAGAUGCAAAGCUGAAUUUUCCCCCCGAAUAGAUGACAAAUUAGAGAAAUAUUUGUUUGUAGAUAGUUAUAAAUUAUUACAAUUUUAUUUAUUUUAUAAGAUUGGAAAAAAUGAUUUCGUGAGAAAGGAAGAAAUUGCAAGUUUUUCUAUGAGAUCUUUUAAGUUUGAUGGGCCGAUCGUUAAGGCUAAUGGUGUAAUAGAGUUGGAUCUUGCUUUUCAAUAUAUACCAUACGAACCUUUAACUUUUAGAGUAAAACUUAUUAGUUUUAGUCCAGUUUAUUUGUUAAAUCUGUUCAAUAUUAAGAACAAAAAAAUUGAUUAUAAAUGGUAACCCUUUUUUUUAUUAUAAUUUGUAAUUUUAAUUUGUAAUUUGUAAUUUUUAAUACUUCAUAUAACUUCAUAUAUUUCCUCAUUUUAUAAUACUUCAUUCAAUGCAUUUUUGUUAAACCAUAUUUGGUCAAAUUUGUGAGAUUCAAUCCAUAUUUGUUAAAACCAUUAAAAGUAAUUUAUGUGAUUUUCAAAUAAACCUUAUUGGUUGAUGAUCUUUAUAAAUU